CCUCUCACCUGUUCUCUCCUUCAUCCCUCGAGCGUGUCUCGAAUUGUUUUCCUUUCCAAGGGUCGGACCUGACAAUAUACUAGAGGCCAACGCGCUUCCAGUUCUCUCCUUCCCUGCCCACAUUCAUUGACCACCGCUUCACUCUUUCAGCGGGCCCUCAUUGCGAUUACCGGAUUCGGAACAUCACCAAAAUCACCUCACCAACCAAUUCAUCCUCAGCCCUCUUUGCCAACCUCGCAAAAUGAAGGGUGCUUUCCUUGCUACCGCGGCCGCCGCCCUCGUCGGUACGGCUCUGGCUGACGGCGCUCACCGUCGCCAUGCCCACGAGCCCUUCCACCAGCGUCGUGCCGUGCAGGCCGGUGCUUCCUCCGCCUCCGAGGAGACCUGCGGCUGCACCACCGAGGUCGUCACCGUCUGGGGAACUCCUACCCUCGUGCCCGUCUCUACUGCCACCGAGACCGUCGUCUCCGAGGUCGUCACCACCCUCCACUCCACCAGCUACACCACUGUGACUGUCGUUGCUACUCCUGGUGAGUCGGCAGCUACCGUCCCCGCUGGAGGCUCCCCCGGUGAGGCUUCUACCACCACCCCCGAGGGUGUUGAGGCCACUGGCGUGACUGGCGCUACCGGUGCUACCGGCGUUCCUGCCGUUGAGACCACCUCGGCCCCCGCUGCCGUUGAGACCACCUCGACUCCCGCCGCUGCCGUUCCUACCUCCAGCGCCGUGGUGCUGCCCACCCCUGAUGUCACCACCUUCGCCUCGACUGGUGUCUACACCAUCCCUGCGUCCACUGUGACCGUCAGCGAAACCACCCAGGUUGUCACUCCUGCCGUCACCACGCUGCCUAGCGGUACUCACACCAUCGGUGGUGUGACCACCGUUGUCGAGACCUCGACCACCAUCGUCUGCCCCUAUGCCACCGUCAAGCCCUCGGGCACCACCGUCACCAGCGUCAUUGAACACACCACCUACUACUGCCCCGCCGCUGGUACCUACACCAUCGCCCCCACCACCACCUAUGUCCCCUCCAGCGCUGUCGUGACCUACCCCGCCGUGUCCACCGUCACCCCGGGCGUCUACUCCCACACUGCCGAGGUUGUCACCGUCACCGUCACUGACUACACCUACACUUGCCCCUUCAGCGGCUCCACCAGCUCUGCUGCUGUUGCCGUGACCACCCCCUCCGCUGCCGCUGCUACCACCACCGUCGUCCCGGCCACCACUGCCGUCCCCGCUACCUCCAGCGUCAAGGCCAGCACUGUCUCCAGCGCUGCUGCCAGCUCUUCCAGCGCCGCUGCCACUGGUGUCAGCGCUACCGGCCUGAUGGGUAUGACCUACACCCCUUACACCAACGACAACGGCUGCAAGUCCACUGCCACCAUGACUUCGGACAUCAAGACCAUCGCCGGCAAGGGCUUCACCCACAUCCGUCUCUACUCCACGGACUGCAACACCCUCGAGGUCAUUGGCGAGCUCGCUGAGGAGCUCGGCCUCAAGCUGAUCCUCGGUAUCUACAUCUCCAGCACCGGUACCUCGGGUGCUGAGAGCCAGGUCACCGCCAUCACCGAGUGGGGCAAGUGGGAACUGGUCAGCCUGAUCGUGGCCGGUAACGAGGCUGUCUCCUCCGGAUACACCGAUGCCAGCUCGCUUGCCAGCUUCAUCACCUCCUGCAAGAGCACCUUCGCCGCCGCCGGCUACACUGGCCAGAUCACCACCACCGAGCCCGUCGACAUCUGGCAGGAGUACGGCGCCAGCUACCUGUGCGACGCCGUGGACAUCCUUGGUGCCAACAUCCACCCCUUCUUCAACGCCCAGACCACCGCCGAGGAGGCCGGUACCUUUGCCAGUGCCGAGUUCGCUCUCCUGAAGACGAUCUGCUCUGGCUUGAGCAUCAUCAACCUGGAGACCGGCUGGCCGAGCAAGGGUAACGCCAACGGUGCGGCCGUCCCCGGUGCCUCCGAGCAGGCUACUGCCAUCAAGGCCAUCCGUGAGGCCGUCGGUGGCGACUCCGUCUUCUUCUCGUACGCCAACGACCUGUGGAAGAGCCCCGGCGAGUACGACGUCGAGCAGUACUGGGGUUGCAUUGACCAGUUCUAAGCAUCUGGAGCUGGAUCUGUACAGUUAAAGGCCAUGUGUUGAUUUGAUUUGGCUUGGAGUUUAUUUUCUUUUUCUCGUGGGUC